AUGACUACGGAAGCAAAUUCUUCACAAACCCGUCUGUCGUUCUACGUCGUUUUCGGAGCGGUUCUGCUUGGCUCUAGCUUGUCUUCUCUUGUCACUGGUUUUGUACUCGCCACAAGUUACCUUAUCUUGCCAACAGAGGAAGCUUGUAGUGACUGGACUUCAUCCAUUACUGUCUUUGGCGGUGCAGUCCUGUAUGCCUCAUCCGGGUUAACCGGUGUCGUCAUCGUGCCACGUUUACCGAACUGUAGCCCUCGGACGUGGCUGCUCACGUGUGUCGUUGCGUCGGCAUUGGGUUUUGGACUUUGUGGUGUGGCCGUGGCAACGUGUCAUUGGUCAACAUUGCCUACUCAGGUUAUUUACGUUUUGGGCUACGUGUGUAUUGGCUAUGGAUGUUACCUUCCGGGCGUUGUUGUUGCUCUAAUUCUCGUUCUUUGGAUGCCCAGAUGGAAAGCGUUUGCUUCCGGAUAUAGUUCACUGAUGCUUGGGCUGGGUGCUCUAGGUAUCAGUCAAUUCCUUCUAUAUUGUCAGACUUUAGUCAAACGGGAUAUUUUGGAUGUAGCCACUGUUUUCUUUUGCUGUGGUAAUGUGGUGGUUUUGUUCUACAUGUGUGGUAUGUUCUUUAUUGUACCGCCAUCUUUGGAUGUCAACAGCAGUGCUGCAAGUGAUGAGGCUGUUCCAAAUACAAAUUCUUCACCGAUGACUAGAAUUCGUAUCAUGCGUACUCGACAAUUCAUUUUUAUCUUUAUUGGAAGAGUAGUUGGUCCUUUCUGUGGAUAUGGUUUGACGGCUAGGCAGCAGGAGUUUCUUGACACUAUAUGGAGACAUGACCAUACACCAACAGCAAUUCUUGGUGCAAGUGUGUUUGGCAGUUACAUUGGUGGUCGAAUACUUUGGUUUAUCAUGUCUGAGAAAAUGAGCUGCCAUUGGUGUUGGUGCACUUCUCUUGCUAUUCAGGCAGUGGCAAUUGCAUUUCUUCCCUUGUUUGCAUAUUCGUCUGAUUCGAUGACAACAAUUGGAUUAUGUAUAGAAAUAUUUGGGCCUCUUAAUUAUGUGACUGCUUAUGGAAUGAGUGUUAUAGGAGUUGGUGUUGCUGGAUUUCUUGCACCUCUUUCUUUUGAGUGGUCUUUGAUGAUUUGGUCAACAUACACUCCUAUGUUGUAUGCUACUGCUACAGCUAAUAUCAUUGCCCUCAUUGCAUCUCUUUGCCUAUCGCCCUUACAUGUUGACUCUAAUGUUUCUUAAUUAUUGUCAAUGAAAUUUUUGACACAGAAAAUUGAGUUUACAUUGUGAUUUUACGCAUUGAUUAGAUGAUAUACAUAUUAUUUCACUUAUCAUUUAUGA